CCAUUGCUACAUUACCCCCCCUCUCAUCAACCCUCCUUCCUUCCUCUACCGCUCACCCAGCCCCUUCGCCACAAUGGCUACUACUACCACUACCGUCACGGAACAACCGGACAAUGCCGAUCCGUCUCCGUCGUCGUCUCCACCGCCCAAGAAGGUCUCGUACGAGCUCGCCGCGCGGAACAUCUACUACGCCAAGCCGGUGGCAACGCCGAGUUCGCUCGCGCGGCUAGUCACCAGGCCGUGCGGCGCGGCCCCGGCGCCGCCGGACUACAUCCUCCGCGACGUGUCGCUCACGGCCCGGGCCGGGGAGGUCCUGGCCGUUGUGGGUCCCAGCGGCGCCGGCAAGUCGACACUGCUGGACAUUCUCGCCGCGCGCACCGCGCCGACGCACGGGAGGCUGCUGCUCAACUCCGCUCCGCUCCGGGCGUCGUCCUUCCGGCGGCUCUCGGCGCACGUGCCCCAGGCGGACGUCGCGCUCACCCUGCUCACCGUCUCCGAGACCUUCGCGUUCGCGGCGUCGCUGCUGCACCCGGGGUCGGCUGCCACGGCGGAGGCGGCGGUCGCCGCGCUCCUGGCCGACCUCGGGCUGGCGCACGUCGCGCACACGCGGGUCUCCCCCUCAAGGCUCUCCGGCGGCGAGCGGCGGCGCGUGUCCAUCGGGCUCGCCCUCCUCCGAAACCCCGGCGUGCUCCUCCUCGACGAGCCGACCUCCGGCCUCGACUCCUCGUCGGCGCACGUGGUUGUCGGCUGCCUCCGCGCCGUCGCCGCCGCCCGGGGCACGACGGUGGUGCUCUCCAUCCACCAGCCGAGCGCGCGCCUCCUCUCCGCCGUGGACUCCCUCCUCCUCCUCUCCCGCGGCACCGUCCUCCACCACGGCUCCCUCGCCUCCCUCGACGCCACCCUCCUCUCCCACGGCCUCGUCGUCCCGGCGCAGCUCAACCCUCUCGAGUUCUCCCUCGAGGUCCUCGACCAGCUCCCUCAUCCUUCCCCCUCCAACCCUGAGCCCAAGUCGUCGACCCAAGAACUCACCUCGCCAUCGUCGGAGUCGGACCAUCGAAAGGCAGCCGCGGCGGCGACGUCGUCGUUGACUGCUUCGCCGUCGUCGAGGCUGCACGAGCUGGUGGUGCUGUACAAGAGGGCAUGGAAGGUUGUGUACCGCAGCAAGCAGCUGCUGCUGAUCAACUUCCUGGAAGCCGUACUCGUGGGCACACUGCUGGGGACCAUCUACAUCCACGCCGGCUACGGCGAGGCCGGCGCGCACAAGCGGCUGGGCCUGUUCGCCUUCACGCUGACCUUCCUGCUGACCUCGACGACGGAGACGCUGCCGACGUUCGUGUCGGAGCGGCCGAUCGUGCUGGCGGAGACGGCGGCGGGGCUGUACCGGCUGUCGUCGCACGCGGCGGCGGCCACGCUGGUGUUCCUCCCGUACCUCCUGGCGGUGGCGCUGCUCUACUCCAUCUGCGUCUACUUCCUGGUGGGGCUCUGCGCGUCGCCGGGCGCCUUCGCGGCGUUCGUGCUCGUGGUGUGGGCGGUGGUGCUGACGGCCAACUCGUUCGUGCUGUUCGUCAGCUCCUUCGCGCCGGACUACAUCGCCGGGAUGUCGCUGGUGUCGGUCUCCCUCGCCGGCUUCUUCCUCUUCUCCGGCUACUUCCUGUCGCGCGGGAGCAUGCCAUCCUACUGGGUGUUCAUGCACUACGCGUCGCCGUACAAGUACGCGCUCGACGCGCUGCUGGCCAACGAGUACUCGUGCGCGGCGAACCGGUGCUUCGGCGUCAUGGGCGGCGGCGAGUGCUCAGAGACGGGGCGGGACGUGCUUGCGGAGAAAGGGCUCACGCCGGAGGAGCGGUGGACCGGCGUGCAGGUGCUGUUCGGCUUCUUCCUCCUCUACCGGGUGCUCUACUGGGUGGUGCUCAGCCGGCGAGCGUCGAGGGCCAAGAGGUGAUGGCGGUGGUCAUGAGCGGCGAAGAAUAAUUCGCCAUGAUCUUGAGCACGUCGGUACGACGUGCGUGUGAACGCGUGCAUGCGCGCAUGCAAACAAGCGGCAUAGCAGGUAUGCCAGAUUGCUUGUCAACUUGGAGAGAGGGGAUGACGAAGAGAUGAUUAUUAACUGGUAAUUACGGUGUCAUAUACUGAUGUAAAUUGUGAAGAUACAACUCCUUUUUUAUAAGUGUGUGAUAUGAUCGAUGGACGUACGGGUGAAUAAUGCGUUAAUUAACUUAUAAAGAUAAUUAAGUUUUGUCUUGUUAAUUGA